AUGCAGAAGGUUAUUAAAACGUAUUUCAGACAUUCACAGGUAAAGAGCGAAGGGUCACAUGCGCAUGGCCUACGGAAAGUAAAUCAUUGUUCUAAACACCCUGCAAUAGUAAUAAUUUAGAUAAUAGUAAGAAUGUUUGACUUCAUAUUGGUAAUGAAAAUAACUAUAUAUGUAUCAUAAAGGUUCCAAAUCGAGUACAUAAACAAGUAGAAGAUAAAAGCCAAAGGUCAGAAGAAAGCUCUUUCAUGCUGGGCCCUAUCAUGGAUAUAUGUCAUAAAAGUAAUUAUGUGAAUGUUGCUGAUCAUCAUCAUCCAUAUAAUGUGGAAGAGAUAUGUACUGACAAUAGUCCUUCAUAUCCUGACUAUACAAAUGAUGAUGGAAUGAUAUGUGAAGAAAGUAAUCUUACUGAACCUGAUAAAACAAAAGUAGACACAAAGGAAAUUGGUGUUUAA